AUGCCAGGCCUUAUCAUACCAGCCCUCUCCAGCCUCCGAGAACGAAAACGCGACGUCGGGAUUGAUUUACUGGCUCUCGGGGCCACGAGCGCCCUUGGGGGUGCCGGUCUGGAAGCCGUUCUUGAAGCGACGGUGAACCUCCUUGAGGUGCCUCAUGCGGCCGGUACCGGUGGUCUUGCGGCGCUUGGCCUUCUCGCUCCAGUUGACUGUUCCAAGAAAAUUCGUAAGCCUCACACUCCUCAUAUUCACAUCACAUCUCCCAGUAGAUCCACGGUCGGCCAUGCAAAGGGACAGGACUUAAGGUAUAACUCGGGGAUUCGUACACUUGCGAGUCUUAGCGGAGGGGUAACCGCAGCUGGAGCAUGUCGACUUCUGGACGUGGAAAGAGCGGCGGCCUGA